AUAAAGCCAUUGAACCCACCACUAGAAAGAUCCCGUUCCGUUCCCUCAUUUUCUCACCGCAGAAACUCAAGAAAGCAAAAAGGCAGACCCAAGAGUUAAGAACCCAAAGUCUAUGCUUUUCUUCAUUUUUCUGUUAAAAAAAAAAAAAAAAACCCCAAAAAACCCAAAACCUAAUUGAACAAGAUGAGUACCAUGAAAUUUUGCCGUGAAUGCAACAAUAUUCUCUACCCCAAAGAAGACAGGGAACAGAAGAUUCUCCUCUACGCCUGCCGCAACUGCGAUCACCAGGAGGCCGCUGAGGACAACUGUGUAUACAGAAAUGAAGUGCAUCACUCUGCUGGGGAGCGCACUCAAAUAUUGCAGGAUGUGGCUGCUGAUCCGACUCUUCCUCGGACUAAAUCUGUUAUUUGCGCAAAUUGUAAACAUGGGGAAGCUGUGUUCUUCCAGGCAACUGCUAGAGGGGAGGAAGGUAUGACACUGUUUUUUGUCUGCUGUAAUCCCAACUGUGGAUAUCGGUGGAGAGAUUGAGAUUUAGUUGCUCUCAUAAGUUGAUGUUCACAGCUGUUCAAUGAAGGUUUUCACAAUCUAUGUUUACAAAGACUUUCGUGUUACUGUAAUACAAGAAGCUUGCUCAACCUUAAUCUUUACUGGCCAAAAAAAAAAAAAUUAUAUUUGAUGCAUUGUCUGUUUAUAAAUUUUAUAGGUUACUAUUGAAUUA